AUGUCAACAAACAUGGAGGCAAAAGGUCUUGUCGACCAGCUGAUGCACCAGGUUGUCGGGUUACGUUUGGAGAUCGACAAGGCGCUGGAACACUCCUUCUUCCAAGUGUUGGAAGCGGAUCAAAAGAGUAAUCCCAGCAGCGGCAGCAGUAGCAAACGACCUCUUGAAGGCGUAACGGAUCAUGGUCAUGACACGAAGCGAGCUCGCCACGACUAUGAUAACGACAAUGGUGAUGUCCUUGAGGAUGGAAACAACUCUGUACAUAUUUCUUUCUCUGUGCGACCAAUCGGUCAGGUCCAUUCCCUGGAAGUUGUCAAACAUGCCCUCGUCGUGGAUGAUGAUCACGCCUGUUCGAGUAUUUAG